CGGGCCGCGCUUUACUCCAUUCAGUCUUCAGUCGCAUUUGGAACGCGCGGCGGUGCACACGCCGUCCUCGUCAUCGCCACAGCUCGAAACAACACGUCCCCCUCGUCGGUCAUGCGUCGCUCAGCGUAGUGUUGCAAGAAGUGCCGUAGAGCGGCGAAAAUGAUGCUGUACGUGCGGUCACGCAGCAGAAAGAUCACCCUGGCGAUGAUCACGGCCGUGGUGAUCGUAUAUCUCGUGAAUAUCGCCUCCGUGAGCAACGAAGUCUGGAAGAACCCGCUCUGGUUCGCCAGACCAAAUCCGCCACAGCAGCAGCAACAGAAUAGGCGUCACGACAAUCGCUUCUUCGUUGGUCACAAUGGCAAGAAGAACAUCAGCGUUGAGAAAAUCGAGGGGGCGAGCAAACUCAACCACAACCUUCCACCCGAGUACAGGGUUGUCCACCUCGACCUCAAGGGUGCACCUCCCAAGUUGAGUUUCUUGCGAGUUCUGUUUCCCCUGAUUGCGUCGGCCGGCGCCAACGCUGUCCUGAUCGAGUACGAGGAUAUGUUCCCCUUCGUAAACAACCUGCGCAACGUGAGCGCCCGCAACGCUUACACCAAGUCUGACGUUCAGGAAAUCAACCGGAUGGCGGCCAAGAGCCAGCUCGAGGUGAUUCCGCUCGUGCAGACCUUUGGACACCUCGAGUUCGUCCUCAAGCUGGAGGAAUUUGCGCAUUUCCGAGAGUCCAUAGACUUUCCUCAGGAAGUCUGUCCGAAUCACCCUGAAGUCAUGACCCUCAUAAAAGACUUGGUGCUGCAGGUUCGUGCCUUGCACCCUGAAUCUCGUUACCUGCACAUUGGCUGUGACGAGGUGUUCCACUUGGCAAUGUGCGCCCGGUGCUCGGCGGAGUUGCGGGCGUCCCAAAUGCACCAAAAAGAACACAACGUGUUCGCCACCGACCCGAGAUUCAAUAUUUUCGCGGCACACGUCGCCAGGGUCGCUAGACUGGUUCGAGACGAGCUGGGCAUGAUCCCCAUUAUUUGGGACGAUAUGCUUAGACAACAAGGUCCGAGACUAAUCGGCUCCGAACUGACUAACUUAGUGGAGCCCAUGGUUUGGGUUUACACAGACGACAUCACGAGACUGGUACCACACUAUGUGUGGCACUCUUAUGCUUCCAUGUUCCCUAAUAUUUGGGUCGCUAGUGCUUUUAAGGGCGCCUCAGGCGAGCAAGCGCUGGUGCCCGACGUGGAGCGGCGGAUGGCCAACACGGCCGCCUGGCUGCGUAUCCUGAGCGGUGAGGAGGUGACCGGUCGCAAGGUGCGCCAUUUUCGCGGCCUCGUGCUGACUGGCUGGUCGCGCUACGACCACUUCGCCGUGCUGUGCGAGUUGCUGCCAUCGGCGGUGCCUUCGCUGGUGCUGGCCCUCGCCAUGACCAACUCGGGCCACGGGCACCACUCCGACACCGUGGCCCAAACCGCGAUUUCCCUGCUUGGGUGUGGCAUGGACAUGAGACUUCGGGCGGAUGGUUCGCCGGCGUUAAUGUCAGCUGAGUCUUUGGUGAUGGAGCCGCAGCAGCUCAGCCUGGGAGACAUCUGUGCCUUUCCAGGUGCAAACGCGCUGUCCGUGAUGCGGCAGUAUGCCACCCUCAAGCAGCAGGUAGACGAACUCUUCUGGGAGCUGACCGAGAAGCAGGGCUGGCUCACCCCUUACAAUGUGCGCCACGGCUUUUCAAGCCCCUGGAGAGUCGCCGAAGGACUUGCGAAGCAGCCAUUCUUGAUGUCCAACCUGGAGGCCCUGCGCAACUCUAGCCAGAAGGUGCUGAGCCAGUACCUGGACUCGAGUUCUGUGCGCGAAUGGGUGGAACAACGCAUCCAGCCCCUUUUCCUCAAGCUGAACGGUCUGCAGAGGGACGCGCAGUCCCUGAUGGCGCGCACCCACUGGCCCAGAAGACCCCUCGAUUAGACAAAAUGUAUGACGCGCGCGUGAAUAUGAGCUUUUUGCGUUUGACCGGCCGGCGUGUGCAUGAGCGUGUUUUGAGAUUAUUCUCGCUGUCCACCUCUGAUCUCUCUCUUUUAUUUUUAUUUAGUCGUACCGUAUAAAUAAGUCCGACUGUGUAUUUUCGUCUGGCGGACACUCUCGACUUUGAUAAAUACUCUGGCGAGGCAAUUAUUUUUACCUGCACACAAACACUAUAAUACUUGUACAACAGUAGUAAUUCUCACUUGCUUUAGUUUGCUGAUCUCUCUGUCGCAACCAAAAGAUUUUGAGUUUUUUUGCCGAUUCCCAAAACGCCGGCUCGGAUGAUUUUCAAGUUUAUGUGCAUAUGUCGAUUAUGACAAGACAAAAAGCAGACUAUACGACGAUCGAUUCUCCGCAUUCUCUCAGGAUGACUUUGUAUUCCACGACAAAUAUAAGUGCUGAUUAUUACAUUUAAAUAAAUCUUCGUGUUUUUAAAUGUUCAAAAAUAAUUGUAAAUUUUGUAUUAAAAGCCUAUAAAUUAUUUAAAAAAUCAUGGUAAUAAAGGAAAAAAAUUGCGUUAUGUA